AAUCUCGCGAGAGGAAACGAAUGGUGUCUAAACAGCCUUUCUCUGAGAGGCCCACUCCUCCAAAUCUCGCGAGAGGAAAACGAAUGGCCUCUAAAGAGCACUUCUCUGAGAGGCCUACUCCUUCAAGUCUAGCGAGAGGAAAACGAACGGCCUCUAAAGAGCCUUUCUCUGAGAGGCCCACUCCGCCAAAUCUCGCGAGAGGAGUCGAAAAUUAGGGGCCGCCUUCCAACUCUCGCGAGAGUUGUGUUUGAAAUGGCGGCGGGCGCGCUCCUCUGAGGCAGAGAGCGAGCGAGCGAGGGAGGCCGAAGGGCUGCUCCUCCUCCUUCCUUCGGCUUGGGGCCGGCCCCUUUCCCUCGAAGGCCGGCCUGGGCGCCAUUCGCAUGGAGCAGCUCCGUCCCCGGCUGCUGAAGACCUACUCUGGGCUGCGAGGAGGGAAGCCAGGCCCAGGAGGACGAGGGAGGCGCCCGGGGCUGAGGGUGCUCCCUGCCCCCGCCCCCUGGCUCUCCCCUCAGGUGGACCCCAAGCGCUUCUUCAGCUCCAGCUCCUCCGCAGCGGGGUCCUCCUUCGAAGACCCCGACUUCCUGCCCCGGAAGAGGAAGCCAGCGAAGCAGCCCCCGAAAAGGAAGCCCAGGAAGAGAAAGACCGGGGUCAAGGAGAACAAGCCCCCGCAGAACAACGGCAACGCCUCCGACAGCUGCGUCCCCCCCACGCCCCUGUGCAGGAACGUCACACAGCGCCGCCAACGCCGCCUGCUUGCGCCGGCCCCUCUGCUCUGCAGCACGCCAGGACCGACGCCGUUGACCCCCCUCAGGGACAAAGGAGGGGACCCCCUCGGAAAGAAAGGGGUCACCCCCGUCUCCGGCCUCCUCUUUGGCUCUGGUCACUGGGACUGCGAGGAUGACCUCCUCCCGGAGCUAAGCUUGCUGAAGAUGAACUGGGAGGAUGAGCGCUCCGGACGGAAGGACUCUGAGCCUUGUUUGCGGGAGGAUUCGCAUCCGGAGCCUCCCUCGGCGCCAUUCCGGAGUCGCUCUGUCACCUUGGACAAGGAUUCGCACCCAGAGACUCCCUCAGCGCCGUUCCAGAGUCGCUCCGCCGCCUCAGACAAGAAUUCGCAUCCAGAGACUCCCUCAGCGCCGUUCCGGAGUCGCUCUGCUGCCUCAGACAAAGGUUUGCAUCCAGAGACUCCCUCAGCGCCGUUCCGGAGUCGCUCCGCUGCCUCAGACAAAGGUUUGCAUCCAGAGACUCCCUCAGCGUCGUUCCAGAGUCGCUCCGCUGCCUCAGACAAAGGUUUGCAUCCAGAGACUCCCUCAGCACUGUUUCAGAGUCGCUCCACAGCCUCAGACAAGGAUUCGCGACUGGAGGCUUCUUCGGUGCCAUUUCAGAGUCGCUUCGCAGCCUCACCUGAGGAUUUGCACCCAGAGACUCCCUUGGCGCUAUUACGCAGUCACUCCGCCGCCUCAGACAAGGAUUCGUGGCUGGAGGCUCACUUGGCGCCAUUUCGGAGUCACUCCACCCCCUCAGACAAGGAUUCGCAUCCAGAGACUCCUGCAGCACCGUUUCGGAGUCGCUCUGCCGCCUCAAACAAGGGCAAAGCAUCCUCAAAGCACCGGGAGGCAUCCAGUCCGGUCCAAGGAGGCACCAACUCUGACCAAACGAGUGGCACAUCCCCCUUGAAGGGCGUCCUCCAGCUCCAGGCCACGAUCAACGAUGACAAGCUUAUCCUCUCUUUGCCCAGAGAUUGCCACAAGCCUCACGCCAACAAGAGGCAGCGGGUCGGCGUCCCUCCGACGAAGGUGUCAGCCAGCGUAAAUGGUUCUCUCUUGGAAGAGCAUGACAGCAUAGACCUAAAGGACCCGCACCUCCAGCCGGUCGUGCUCUUAGACAACCAAGUGGUCCCCAGCUGGCUGGCUAGUAAGUGUUCCAAAAAACAAGGGACAGGGCGCCGCACCCAGAAGACGGAAAGCACUCAUUGCAGCUUCUCCACCAUCUCUGGCAUCAGGAGUAAUAACCAGGUGGUCCCCGUUUGUGGCACCGGAGCGACUGGAAGGAAGGCAUGCAUCAGCGGUUCCAGUUCCAGCCGUUGGGGCCGACGGAGAAAACCUGAGGAGUCGAAGUACAAGAAGCACUUGGGGUGGAAGUACAAAGCGGAGACCUCCCUCUUUCGGAAAACCUUGAGGAACGAGGUGGACGACAACAUGGCUUCCUCGUUUCUGUCUCCGGACUCCUCCUUAUGGCGGAGGAUCCGAGCCUCUUUCUCCCUCCAUAAGAAAAAGAAGAUCUUGUCGGAGUCCGAGAGCGCCAACAGCAGCGUUGGGACCAGCAGCUCCGUCAGUUCCCACACAGUCGGAUCCCCCAAGACCCCUUUCACGCGGACAUUGGGCUAUUCCAUCUGCCCCUCUUCCUCCAUGGUGCUGCUGCUCUCCACGACGUCUUUCUCCACCUUGGAAUCGACCCUGACGGAUGCCGAAAAGGUGUACGGCGAAUGCCACCAGAAGGGCCCCAUCUCCUUCGGGGAAUGCAUCCCCCCGGAAAAGAUGCGGAAGUGUGAGAAAAUCGGAGAAGGGGUCUUCGGGGAGGUUUUCAGGACCGAAGGCGAGCAGGGACCUGUCGCUUUGAAAAUCAUCCCCAUCGAAGGGAGCGAGAGAGUGAACGGAGAACCUCAGAAGACCUUCAGUGAGAUUUUGCCCGAGAUCAUCAUCUCCAAAGAGCUCAGCCUCUUGGCGGACGAGAAGGUAAACCAAACCUCGGGGUUCAUCCAGCUGUAUUCGGUCCACUGCGUCCAAGGGGCUUACCCCGAGCCCCUCCUGAACGCCUGGGACGAAUACCACCGGCUGCGGACCUCCGAAAAUGACCGGCCGGACUUCUUCGGGGACCAGCAGCUCUUCAUGGUCUUGGAGUUCGAAUACGGCGGCACGGACUUGGAGAACAUGCGGAAGCGGCAGCUGAACUCCGCGGCCGCGGCGAAGAGCAUCCUCCACCAAAUCACCGCCUCGCUGGCCGUGGCCGAGGAGUCGCUGCGGUUCGAGCACCGCGACCUCCAUUGGGGGAACAUUUUGGUCAAGAGGACCGACGCCAAGGAGGCGAGCGUGAGGCUGAACGGGGAGACCUACGCCUUCCCCACGCACGGCAUCCUGGUCAAAGUCAUCGACUACACCUUCUCCAGGUUGGAGAGGGACGGCCUGACGGUGUACUGCGACCUCUCCACGGACGAGGAGGUCUUCCAAGGGAGAGGGGACUAUCAGUUUGACAUCUACCGGCGGAUGAGGGAGGAGAACCUCAACAACUGGGCCGACUACUUUCCCCACAGCAAUAUCUUGUGGCUCCACUACUUAGUGGACAAACUUUUGAAAGAGGUCUCUUACAAGGCCAAGCCGACGACUGCCUCUUUGAAAGCCUUGCAGAAGCAACUGAAGCACUUCUCCAAAGAGGUCCUUGGCUUCGCUUCCGCCGUGGAUCUGCUCAAAGGCAGCAGUUUUUUCCAGUGACUUCGGGUUGCGGACGGAGGACUUGAGGCGGUCUCGAAGUCCGUGGAAACGCGCAGCUUCCCCAAUCCCCCCCACUUUUAAAACCCAGAGCAACUUUUACAAUAUAGCAGCACAUGUUCUGUUUUAUGGGUUUACCUUGUGUCUUAUUUAACUUUCAGCCUCAAUGUAAAUUCCACUCCUUCCCCCAGAGGGAAUAUAAUCAAUAGGCAGAGACCGGUUGGGUAGUUACAAACGUGUAACCUACCGUUAUGCAUUCACAAUUGCUAUGUAUCCACAAUGCCUACGCAGCCCCUGUUUUAGGGGCUACCAAAGGACUGUGAAAGUCCCCUAAAGGAACCUCACUUACUGGUGAGCAACUACUAUGAUCAACAGGGAUCUGUUCCCGUCUGAGAAACGGCAAACAGCUGCCUCUUAAGUCGACAGGAAUGGAUCCCUGGCUAUCCAAGCAGUUGCUUCCCGUAACCUGGGGUCUGUGCCGGAAUCAUGCUGGGAUACACUACCUAGGAAUGUCAUUGCGCUGGUACGCGGCACGCAAUGGUCACAUAGGAGUCCGGCAACCUGUCAUUCAAAUACAUUUUCAUUCAGAAUUGUGGUUUUAACAAGUUUUAAGUAAAGCCACCCUUUUACAAAAACAAAAAUCUCUUUUUUUUCCCCUCCUUCAAAACAUUUUAAAGGGUUUGUUCUUUCAAAUAUUGCGGUUAGGUGGCUUUUUUAACAUAGCAAAACCCAAGUGGUGUGACACGCCACCCUUGGCAGCUUUUAACUUUUGCAAUGUUCAAGCAACCAGCUGUGUGUUUUUAUAUAUUAGUAAAGAUUUGUAUGGUU